AUGUGGAAGUGCUUUCUUUUCUUUGUAUUUGCAGCCGUAACUUUCACUUCUACUCAGGGGGAUAUUUUGCGGGACACACGUGGCGUGUUCUCGAAGAAUUUCUUCGGUGGUGUUUGGGGCAAUCGACCACCUUUGCUGGAAUCCAACCAGCCGAGGACAACAUGCACUUGUAAAUGCGGUGAAAGAAAUGAAGUAUCUCGUAUCGUUGGCGGUGAAGAGGCCAGUAUCAAUGAGUUCCCAUGGAUGGCGAAGUUAUCGUAUUUUAAGCGGUUUUACUGUGGAGGGAUGACUAUUAAUGACCGAUAUGUGCUUACAGCUGCGCAUUGUGUUAAAGGCUUUAUGUGGUUUAUGAUAAAGGUUACAUUCGGCGAGCACAACCGUUGCAAUGCGACCCAGAGGCCGGAGACUCGCUUCGUUAUCCGUGCUAUUGCAAAUAAGUUUAGUCUAACAAACUUCGACAAUGACAUCGCGUUGUUACGACUAAAUGAGAAGAUUCUCAUGUCAGUCGCCAUCAAGCCGAUAUGCUUGCCAACCGAUAGCACAAAUCUGUACGUGGGAGUCAAGGCAGUUGCUUCUGGAUGGGGGACUUUGACAGAAGAAGGCAAGGUAUCCUGCACGUUGCAAGAAGUAGAGGUGCCAGUAAUAAGCAACCAGGAGUGUCGAAACACAAAGUAUACAGCCAACAUGAUUACGAAUAAUAUGUUGUGCGCAGGGUACCCUAAAACCGGACAGAAGGAUUCUUGUCAGGGUGACAGUGGCGGGCCGCUCAUCACUGAGAGAAAGCACGACAAGCGGUACGAGCUAAUAGGUGUCGUGUCAUGGGGUAACGGAUGUGCUCGGAUGGGCUACCCCGGGGUAUAUACGAGGGUCACCAACUAUUUAGACUGGAUUCGAGAGAACACGAAAGACGCUUGCUACUGCAACGAAUGAAAAUCUGUCUUUGUGAGCUAUACGUAAACAUUUA